GCUGAGACAGGACUGAGCUUUGGCUGAGCCUGUGCCAGAGAGAGGAAGAAAAAAAUCCCAAGAGGAAAAAACGCAGUAGAGAAGCAGCCAGUGGAAGAAAACCAUCUGGAGGAACCCGAAUACAGCACCAGUGACAGCAAGGAAAACACCAGGAAGUCAGGAAGAGAGGACUCUGAGGGGGCAAUGGCUUUCUUCCUCAAACCACGACCAUGCACCUGGGACCUUGCCCUGGACUACCACACCGCCAAACAGUUUGAAGUGGAUGUAACCCUGGAUCCAACCACAGUGGGUCCAGAAGUGAUCCUCUCUGAGGACCUCAAAGAAGCCACCUGGGGCAGACCUCGCUGCCAGUGGCCUGAGGGUCCGGGCCGGUUCGACACAGACCCGUGCAUGCUGGGCAGCGAGGGCUUCACCUCGGGCCGUCACUACUGGGAGGUGGAGGCCAAUGGGCGCUUCUGGGCCGUGGGGGUGGCCCGCGAGUCGGUGCAGAGGAAAGGCCGGGUCCUCUUCAAGCCCAGCACUGAAAUCUGGGUCUUGCAGAAGUAUGAUGAGCUCUGCGUUGCCCUCACGGCUCCAUCCAACACCUCUGUCCCACUCCUCAAUGGGGAGAUUGGGGUCUACCUGGACUAUGAGGUGGGACAGGUCUCUUUCUACGCUGUCAGCAGCCGCCAGCGCAUCUUCACUUUUCCUGUGGCCUCCUUCAGUGGGGAGAGGGUCUUCCCCUACUUUUGCGUUCUCCUCUCAACCAUUAAAUUGUCCCCCAAGGGCUGAUGCCCUGGAAGGAUCCUCCCGAAA